CUGUUGAGCUAACCUUCUCUACACCAAUCCAAUUGCAGCUGUGUCAGAACCAGUUGAUAGCACUUCGCAAAUUGAAAAAGCAAAAAAAACUAAGUGUGUGUAAAUAUGGCAGACAAGGCAGAGAAAAUCGCUGCUGCAAGGAAAAAGCUCAAGCAGUACCAGGCACGGCAGAAGGACCGGGAUCAUGAUCCGCACCAGCCGCAGGAAGGUUGCACCGAACCGACCCCGCCAGACAUAGGUCAACCGUACGCGACAACAACAACAACAGAUGCUGCACACCCAGACCAGCACCAGCCGUCAUCGCCUUCGCCCCAACCAUCCUUCACCUCCGUUGAGCUCACGGCACCGAAACCCUCCACAACAGUCGAUGGGCCACCCGGUGGAUCCGUUUCGAUUGCGAACUAUUUCAGCAACAACAGCAGCAGCAACAGCACCAACACCUUCGCCUUCUCCCACCAGCCCGGUGCGGUGGAUUUGUUCGAGAAUGUCGAACCAAAGCUGGCGGAAACGGCACCACCGGCACCGAUUGCUGAAGUCCGCCAACCCGAACCACCGCAGCCAGCGCCGGCGCUACCGGUCGAUGCCAGCCUGUACAACAUUAACCGGCUCUCAGACGAAAUCGGCAAUCUGAUCGCGAACGCAAACGCCGACCUCGGACCACAAAACACAAUACUCGAGCUGGAGUCGGAAAAGGCCGACCUGGGCCGGCAGCUGAACGCGGAACGGUUGGAAAACGACGAGCUGCGGCUGCGGCUACGCAACAACCAGUCGCUGGUGGACGAGCUGAAGCUCGAGAUUGACCGGUUGCGGCUGGAGAACAGCACGCGGCUCACCGUCGAGAUGGGACCGCUGCAGGAGCAGCUGCAGAUGCAGAUCCAGGCGGUCGGGGUGCUGGUGGGCGAGAAGGCCGAACUUACCGCCUCGCUGAGCAGGUGCAAGUCACUGCUCCAGGAACGGUCAGCCGAAACGGACGAGCUGCAGCGUCGGCUGCAGGAUUCGGCCAGCGCGGUGCAGCGGCUCGAGCGCGAGCUGACCGAAGCGAAGAGUCAGGGCCAGCGGUACGAGCGGCUGGAAGAGACGAUAGCCUCCCAGGUCGGCGAGUACCAGCGGGAGGCGGAACGGUUCCGCAAGCUGCACGACGAGCUGCAGGAAGAUUUGGCCGAGUUGCGCCAAAAGCUGACCGUGCGGAACGAGGAAUAUCAAGCCGCCCAGCAGUCGCUCGAGCAGGUACGGUCCGAGCUGGGGCUGGCGAAGGUGCGCAUCGAUCAGCUCACCACGGACGAUGGGCAGGAUUACAAUGCAAAGAUUGAGUCGCUAACGCAGCAAAAUCUGAUCAAGGCGCAGCAGAUCAAGGAUCUGCAGGACGUGAUCAAGCAGAUCGGCACGGAGCGGGACCAGAGCAGCCAGCAGUACCAGAACUACGUGCUGCACCUGAACAAGGAGAUCAGCAAUCUGGCGGAAAAGAUCCAGGAGCUGACGGACGAGAACAACCGGCUGGCGAAGAGCGAGGAGGCGGCCGUACGCUUUGCCAACGAGCUCGAGCGGCAGAUACAGCAGCAGAUGCAGCGGCAGCAGUCGGUGUACGUGGCGGGUCAGGAGGGGCCGGCCGGCGAGGGCGAUGGGAAGUGGCGCGAGCAGGCGGAACAGCUAACAGCGGAGCUGGACGGUUUGCGGCAAAGUUACGACAAAUUGGCACGUGAAAAGGAGGAGCUUAUGAAUGGAAGUGUUUCGAACGAGGAAAAACAGAAAACCGACUACGAAGCGCAGCUGAAGCAGUACGAAGAGCAGGUUGCCGAUCUGCAGCUUACGGUGGAACGCUUGCAACUGGACAAACCGGACGUGGCAAAGCUGCUGGCGGAGAUUGAGAGCGGUCGGGUCGGUGCUUCCCGUGCCGUGCAGCAGAACCAGGAGCUUAAAUCACAGCUGGAAGAGAUGCAGCGAGCGUUUGUGCAGAUUGUGAGUGAGGCUUGUGCCUGUAUACCAUUUUUGGGCUUUAAUGAAUCAAACGUUUCUUCUCCCCUAUUUUUUUUCCAGAGCAACGACAAGCUAAACCUCACGGAUAAGCUGCAGACGGAGCUGCACCUGGGGAAGGAGAUGAAAGCAAACUACGGCAAUCUCGAGACCGAGCUGGGUGCCAUACGCGAGAAGCUGCACUACAAGGACGAGGAAAUGAUACGGCUGGCGCACGAAAACACCGAGCUGAGCAAGCAAAUCUACCAGCAGAAUCAGGAGAUCGAUCGGUUGCGCUACUACGAGUCCCGCUCGAACGAUGCCGCCACGCUGCAGCGCGAGCUGGAGCUGCAGAAGCGCACUGCAGAGGAGCUGCGGCGCCAGCUGCGCGAAGGAUCGGAAACGCGCGCCGUGGUAGCGAACGGUGACAGUGAGCAAGCGAUUGCACAGUCCCGCCCGGUGGACAGUGCCCAGCUGCAGCAGGAAAUUGACACGCUGCGGGAGGAAAAGGCCGAGCUGCUGAAGGCACUGAACCGCUUCCAGCAGGAUCGAUCGCAGGAACAGGCCGGUCAAAACGGUGGCACCACAGCAGCAGCGUUCGAUCACCAGUCGUCGAUCGUGAGCAGCAUCCCGACGAUCGAGGCGAUGGAGAAGCUGCAGCAGCGGUUCAAGCGCACCAUGCUGGAGGUGGCCGAGCUGACGGAGGAAAAGCAGCGGCUCGAGCAUCUGGUGCUGCAGCUGCAGGGCGAGACGGAAACGAUCGGCGAGUACAUCACGCUGUACCAGCAGCAGCGCCGGCUGCUCAAGCAGAAGGACAUGGAGCGCGAUCUGCAGCUGCAGCAGCUGGCGGACGAUCGGGAAAUGAUGAAGCUGAAGCUGAAGGAGCUCAACUAUCUCGUGCACCGGCUGGUACAGGAACAGCAGGAGGGUGGGCCGGAGCAGCACCAUGACGGGUUACACAGCAGCAGCCUCAGUCAUCUGGAUGCGAGCUUCGCAGCGAACAACACUACUAGUCCGAGUAGCGGUGCAUCGACACCGUCAUCACCGAUGGUGCGUGCGAACGGUGCUGAAGGGGAUUACCACCACGAACACCAUCAUGAUCACGAUCACGAUCACGACCACCAGCACCACUCUCCGCCAUUACCAAAGGUGCACAUCAGGCCGACGGAAACGGCCGGCCGCAUCCUGUCGCUGCUGACCGACAUCAAGGAGGCGAACAUUCCGUACGGCAGCGGGGUGCAGCACUGUUCCUGCUGCUCCGGACGGCUCGAGACGGUUUAGAGAGGCGCACGGGGCACGGGAACAGGCAGGUCCCCCAAGCCCUCCCCAUACAAAAGCUGUGGUAUAGUGUUUCUUGUUUGUUUUUUUAAUGGAUACUUUAUGGCAUAUUUUAUUGUGGUAAACGUUUCUUGGCGCCCAUAUAUACACACACACACAAACAUCCAUAUAUUUAGCUGGCAUAGCGUGUAUUUGUACGAUCGAAAUAUAGACGCCUAACGCAAAGCAUAGCGCGUAAAGAGCA